UCCAGGAUGGCACUUCGCGGUGUGAAAGUGGUGGAGAUGGCCGGCUUAGCCCCUGCGCCAUUUUGUGGAAAGAUUUUGGCUGACUUUGGUGCUAGUGUCAUCAGAGUUGACAAGCCCAAAUCACCAGAUAUGGACAGGCUAUGCAGAGGAAAGCGCUCCCUUGCCGUCGACUUAAAGAAACCUGAAGGAAUAGGGAUUGUCAAGAAAUUAUGCAAAGGCGCAGAUGUUCUUAUUGAGCCAUAUCGGAGAGGUAAGAAACUUACUUUGCGUUAGUUUAACCCAAAAUCU